UAUAUAAUGCAUAGCUAUGGGAUAUUUCCUCCCAACGUUGGCGGUUAGACAAGCACGAAUAUGCAUACUGCUGCCAGGUUGUGUCCCUCUUGGCUUUACUAGCUAACAAAACAGUUUUUUGAAAGGGUGCCCUCUUUCUGAAUAUUAGGUCCUGCUGUGAGAUUCCGUCUGCCAGUACUGAUGCUCACUGCUGUUGCUGCUGCUGCUGCUGCUGGCUUCAGGAGAAUGGCAUUGCUGUGGAGUCCGAUUGCUCUGACAUCAGUUCUCCUGAGUGCUCUCUGUGCCCCAUUUAUGAAAGAGGAGGAUGCAAAUCAGUUUAUACGCCUGAAAAGACAAGCACAAUACUCCCACGAUGGAUACUGGGACCCCACUCACUCUCAGAAUCAAUGGGGAUACACCAUCAGGGAACAGGCUAAUGAAUACUGGUCAUCUUUGAGAGCCAAUGCCCAGUACUACAUGGAUAUGGGCUCUUUGAUGUUCGACCCUUCCAUUGCCAGAGAGAACAAUAAGGCCUACAUGGACAUGCUGAGGGAGGCUGAUCGGUAUCUUCAAGAACAGGGGAGAAAGUGAAAACUGGAUUAGCCAGGAGGAGUCAAACUGGAUUGGAGCUUUAGGAGCAGUUGCCUGUCACAUCCAAACCAAUAGGUCAUGAACGCCAAUCAGAAGAGAGAAGCAGUCAGGGUUAUUCGUUGCAAGGUGUAGGAUGCAGUCACAGAACGCUGGUGCUGUGUUUCGUAGGGAAGCGGACAACGCUACAAACCAUUUCUAUUGCAUAUGCUUGAGAGGAGAAAAUAAAUCUGCAAGGGAAAAUGA